AUGGCCAUCCUCGAGAAGCUAUCGCUCAGAAGCGACAAGCACCACUCUGAAAAGGGAAACGAUGCUCCUCCCGCAUUCGAGAAUGCUCCUACAGCGACUGAACACCCGCCUUCCUAUGCAGCAAACGACCCCGCCACCGACCCUUCACCCGAAGAGCUGAACCGCGCCUUCAGCAACCUUCAACUCCCCGAGUCCCCCAGCUACUUCCCAGAACCCGAGCACUGCCUCGCGCAUCUCAAGCUGCUAUCUGUAUUCCACGCCUUGAAGGAAGACGUCGGGUAUACAGAUGGCCUGUUCGGUUUGUGGAAUUCGGUCACGGAGAGAGCAGAAGAUAAAGAAGAAGCGCUGGCGAGGCUGCGGGAAAAGCGAUGGGCUCUGUAUAUUGCGAGGGCUGUGGAGCGGUUUGAGGUCUGGUGGCUUGAAGUGCUUUGCUCUUUGGAGCCUGCGCAGAGACUUGAGGGCAAGGAGAUGGUGUCGAAUCACCCGAAAUUUAUAGACUUCCCGAAAAAGGGCACUGUGCAGCAGUGGACCGCUGGAAUGUUGCCUCCUAUUGAUGUCCUUAUGGUAUGGCAUUCGUUCAUGCUGAAUCCUCGCAACUAUCUCGAGGACUGCAUUCGGUUCGGCUUGCAGAAUCUGUGGGCUACAGGCAUGCCAUGGUAUGUUAUCAAUGGGGCUGUCGAUACUAGCUUCAACUACAAUGUUACCGCUGAGGCGAAAGCUUCUUUUGUCGACAAGACGGGUCGCAAUUGGGAUAAUGCGGAAGAUGCUCUCACCAAAGCUCUGAAUUGUCCUCGAUGUUCCCAGAUGCUAGAAAUUCCUUGGACAACGUGUUCAAAUGAGAAGCAAUCACGAGAAGAUUUGGAUGAAAUGUCCGGUACCGGAUAUGGCGACAGAAAUUUCUCAUACAUCUGCCACAAAUGCGGAGGAGAGAUUGAUCAUGAUCUCCUCCGCGUGGCCAAGUUUAAGAAGGAGACGGAAAAUCUAAUUCUGAAAGAUUGGCCUCUUGGAGGUACUAUCCUGUCACCAUCACUGGGAAUACCGGAUGCUCCUCCCGCGCACAACCUUUCUCAGACGCGUGGGACCUUCCCCAAUAGGCUUGUUGGUAUGGAGCUUAGAAGUAAGAUCCUUGAAUUGCUCGACGACACAGUUAACACCCACCCUACAAUGAAUGAUGUCAAGCAGCUCAUUGAGGAAAGCAUCAAGAAGAAAGAAGUUGUCAAGAGAGUUAAUGCAAAAGGAGCUUUUGACAGCGGUGUUUUGAAGAGGGAUGAGCGUCUGGCAAUCCGAAAGAUGAUGUCUCGAUAUUGGGAUAACCCUUCCAUCUUUGCUCUUGAACUAGGAGGAGCUGUGAUCCGUCAAGGCGUUUUCGUCGAGAAGAUGUACAAUCUAGACUGGCUUCACAGCCCGGCUGCCCGAACCACGAUGACACGCCUCCUUACGAAAUACGGUCGAUUCAUCCAUAUCAUGUCAGUGGAACCUAAACACACAUGUGUCCCAACACUAGACGUCGACCUAGGUUGGCACACGCACCAACUCUCACCUUCCGCGUACUACGAGUACACGAUGAAGCACUGCAAGAAGUUCAUCGACCACGACGACAAGAUCGCCGAAGACGCGCUCGAAACAGCCUUCGAAUGGACGUCCCGAACCUACGAAAAGAUCUUCCAACAAGUCUACUCGGAAUGCACAUGCUGGUACUGCGAGGCCCUGCACUCAAAACACAUCUCCGACUCCACCAAGAUCUUCGGAACCUCCAAGCACGAGCGUGCCCUCGACAAUUUCUACAACUCGGGCGCCGCCAAACUCUGCCCACCGUCAAACUCUGCGCAUAUCUCUGCGCACUCUGCUGUCAGAGUCGAGGAGAACGACCGCCUUAAAGCAGCUGUCACAGAGGGCUUGCGCAGGAGACGCCAAGCUACGCUCGAUGGCGCGUAUGAGAAAGCACGCAAGCGCGCUAGGGCCAAGGGCCGCGAUAUCCCGCCGAGAGAUGAGUAUUAUUACGGCGCGUGGGGAUAUCCGUAUAUGAUGUACGGGCCGUACAUGAGCAUGGGCAUGAUGGGCGGCGGGAUGUAUUAUGCGGGGGAU